CUUUGGAGUUUAGACACGCUAUUAUUUACAAGACGCGCUCGUUUUUCUAGUCGUUGUUACUUCGCUGGUUCAAUAGUAAAAAGAUCAAUUAAUGCUAUGGUAAAUGUAUUAUCGCAGUAACUGUAGUACUCUGUUUCAGCUGUGUCACACGAGUACCGAAGAGUUUGCAAAAUAUUAGUGUUCCGAUUCGAACGGCUUCGUGUUCGACUGUAGGCGGUGUCCAUUAGCUUGGUCGAUUAAUCGUUGUAAUAGUUGAGAUCGCCAAAUUAUAGAAUUCGUACAUCAUGGCUUUAAGUGCUACCCAGCCGAUGCAUCAUAGCGUACAAGUGUCCACAGGUACCGGGUGGCCAAGACGAGCGGCGCCAAUGAUAAAAUCAUCUUCGUCUACAUGCCCGUCGCUGAAUAGACACAUCAAUUUGUAUCCUUUGUCAAAUUACAAGUUUGGUACCAAAGAACCUUUAUUUGAAAAAGAUCCGUCUGUACCGGCCAGAUUUCAACGCAUGCGUGAUGAAUUUGAUAAAAUUGGCAUGCGACGUAGUGUCGAAGGAGUUCUUAUUGUACACAAACACGGUCUACCGCACGUUUUGCUAUUGCAAUUGGGCACCACAUUUUUCAAAUUGCCAGGCGGUGAACUAAAUCCAGGAGAAGACGAGGUCGAAGGACUUAAACGACUAUUGACUGAAACAUUGGGAAGGCAGGAUGGUAUUCCAUCCGAAUGGACUGUUGAAGAUACCAUAGGAAAUUGGUGGCGGCCUAAUUUCGAGCCUCCUACGUAUCCCUACAUGCCACCCCACAUCACCAAGCCUAAAGAGCACAAAAGACUCUUCUUAGUUCAGCUGCCCGACAAAGUUUACAAUGGCAACACGAUUUGCUGGUACAAAGAGGAUCGUCCCGGUUGAUUGUAAAACAUCACAUACAAGAUUGUUAUUAUGAUAUUAUUAUUGUUUUUUUGAUGAAAACCUAUAAGACUUGUACAUCUGAUGUAUUAUCCAAAAGAAAAUAUCAUAUUAGGAUUUUCUAUAGGAUUACAAUACGGUUUAUUCUCCAUAGUUGAGUCUACCGUUGUGUUCAUUUAUUUGUUGGCCCGAAUAAAUAGAAAUCAAAGUAUUUUUCUAACCAAUGUAUAGUAUUUUACACAACAACUUAUUCAGCGAUAAGCGAUACUAGUUGUUGAACUAGCUGAUUGUUUGUAUAUUUAUGAAAGCAUUGAUUGCAACGAGUUCUUGUUACUUUUAUUUCUAUGUUGUCAUUACUUAUAAUUUAAACUGCAGUUCUAAUUGCUUUGAAUGUGCCUUUGUAACGUAUUUUUCAAGAAAUAUAUAAGGUGUUUAAAAUAAUCGAUAAACCAAUAAAAAUAAGUUAACAAUAACAAAUAUUUUUGAAGAAACGAUAAUUUGUAACAUUGAUUUUUUCCUGAAUUACAAGAAAACAUUGUUAAUUUUAACUAUACCAUUACAUUACAGUACCUAUCAAUAAUUGUUGUUUUGAUGAAGUACUUUUCAUUAGACAUUGUUCUUACUUUUUAUUUUAACACCCAUUUAUUAUUUUUUACCAAUUAUUUUUAUUGUUGUUUUAUUUUUACUGAAUCUUUAUUUUAUAAUAAUCGUAUAAUUUAUAGAUAGUUGAACAACUGGUGACGACAUUGUAGGAUAUGUGUGUAGUAGUACUGUGACAGUGAAUAAUUGCUAUUCAUAUUAUUUAUAUAACAUCUGAUGAUUGACAAAUGUUACUCGUUACUCCCUCUAUGUACUCCCUUUGUUUAUUAUAACUAUCAUAUCCUUUGCCAAUUUGUUGAGCUUUUAAAUGUUAUUAUAGUACCUAUUUGUUGUUUCUUUUUUCAAGUGUAUAUAUUGGCCAGACAAUGUCAUUAGUGAUAGGAAAAAAAAUCUUGUUGUCCAUUUAAGAAUAAAAUAUACCAAUAUUGUUUUAAAACUUCCUACAAGUUAAUCGUUAUGUUAUUUUUUUUCUUUGAAAUACAUAGUAUGAUUUUAAUUUUAUACUUUUAUUAAUGUUUUGUGUUGGUGAAGAGCAUUGUGCAUAAAACUAUCAAGUUUUACUCAAGCUUCAAAGCAAUUACUAUUUCAAAAAUGUUAAAUUCAACUGUUUUUUAUAAAAAUGAUGACGUAGGAUGUUAUGAUGACAUUUAAUUAUGGCGAAAUUAUUAUUAUUAUAACUAAUUAGUUUUCAAAAUUUCCAUUUGUAAAAACUAAACUGAGAUAUUGUUGUUUCUGUAUCAUUAAAAAAAUAAACCAAACAAUUACGAUAAAAAAUUAAUCAUUUCCUGACUUUUAUUAUAUACAUUUUACAGAAUAAAAAUUAUCUUGCGUCAUUAA